UUUUGAGCAUUUCACCAAAAUUGAAAGCAGAAAUCGGAAUAAUACUAACCACUCUGCGAGAGUUCAAUGAUUCUUAAACUUAUAGUUAAAUUAUUUGGAGAUUCAUAUAAACUUGCUAAAAUAUAUAGUGGGUGCUCCGAACUUAUUGAGUUACAGUAAUACUUGCAAAAUAGGUCAUUUUCAUAGAGUCCGACAUAUUCGAAAAUAGAAUAUACUGUUCUUUUAUGAAGAUAAUUAUGGAUAGACGUGUUUGCCGCGACUAUGUUAUUAAUAGGCAGAAUCUAUAUCCAUUUUCGUACUGACGGAUCAAUUUCCUAAACAUAUUUUCAAAGGAUUGUAGAAACUGGUAGUAACAAUACAUCACAUACUUUAGGGUCUACGUUUUCAGCAAAGCCGAUAUUCUUAAACGUAACCUAAGUGAAACUCUGUGACGCGUACAUCAAUUAUUUAAAUAGACGGAAAGUUAUAUUUGAUCAACUUUCCUUUCUGAAUCUUCAGUUGCAAAAAUGUCAGAUGAAGAGGACUAUAUGUCAGAUAAAUUUUUGCAAGGAACUGAAAAAUAUAUUGCUCCAAGCCUUAUACAUCGACAUGCUGAUAAGAGAGAAUUGGAGUUACUAAAAAAGAAAGCUGAGAUUGAGGCAAGAUUAAAAGAAAAAAACAAAUCCGUCCGAGCAAUAGAAGAAGAAAAAAGAGAAGAGGGUCUAUCGUCAGCAAUUUCAAGCAACAAUAAAGGUUUUGAAAUGUUGAUGAAAAUGGGAUACAAGCCAGGUCAAGGUAUAGGAAAAAGAGAAACAGGUAUAUCUGAACCAAUAUCUGUAGAUGUCAAGGCAAAUAGAUUUGGUUUAGGAAAGAAUCCAAAAAAGAAGUUGACCAGUAAAAAUAAGAAACCUGAAUCCAAGUUAGAGGAUUUAAACACAGAUGACUUCCGUGGGAGAAUUGCACAAAAGAAGUCGGAACACUUAACGGAGGCAGAUUUGUACAAAAGUCAAAAAGUGUGUGAACAGCUAGACACGCAGAACCAGAUAGAAACACCAACUGAACUUUGGUUCUGGCCUGCAAAACAACAAACUAAAGGCAGCGACGAUGAAACAGACAACGAUGAGGAUGAAGAAGUACAGGAACAGGAAGAGUUAGCAGCAAGUGAAAAAUUAGAAAUUCUCACCAAGUACCUGAGAGAUAAAUACUCUUACUGUUUGUGGUGUGGUGCAGCAUACGAUGACGAAGAUGACUUAAGAGACAAUUGUCCUGGUACAACAAGAGAUGAUCACUGAGCACCUCUCAUGAUUACAUGAUUCCAGUUGUGCCAGUGAUAAUUACCAGUGUAAAUUUCAUAACAAACAUCACAAACAGUACAGUGACUUUGCCUAGAGGUAACUUUAAUACUUAGAAGGCAACACUGAUUAAAAUUGAUAUAUAAAUUUUCGUCUGUAGUUUAAGUUCUCUCCCGUUGUGUAACAAGACAUAAGAACGCUAUUAAGUACACGAUGCAAAAUAUUUGCCGGAAUAAAAUCCUCUGCUACAAAAAAAAAAGGGAAAAAUGUUCUCAACCCUGACAAA